UAUAUGACAGUUCCGUAAAUGCCAUGGGUCGGGCUACGUUAAAUACACACUAUACAAUUUUUUAUUUACAAAUAUAAUGUUAUUGUGCAUAUAAUUGUAAGAAAAAGUAUACGAGCUAUCGUGAUUGCUGUUAAAAUAUUUUUUCGUAAGCAGGUCACGAAAUGGCUCCAACGCUAUUAAUGUUUCUGGUAUUAUUACCAGUGUUGAGAUCAGAAUAUAUCCCCCCCGGCCCGGCAUAUCCCUGUCCUAAAGAUACCGAUAGACAGCUGUUAUAUCCUUGCACAUGCCAACAAGGGACUGAUGAUGGAUUGUUCAUAAAAUGCGAGAACACAGGGUUGGCGGUCAUGAGCGUUGGACUCGGUAACAUAGCCGGCUUAGGGCUGCCCAUCGAGAGGUUGGAGAUACGUGAAUGUAAAAUUGUGCACCUAUUCGGACCGUUAUUACAUAGAUCCAGUGUGAGAGUGUUACACAUCAUCGACACACCCAUAAAAACCAUAGACGAGUUCGCAUUUGCCGGUGUGAACAAGACCUUACAAGAGAUAUACAUGACUAAUACAAGGAUAUCACAGUUCCCCAAAGAAGCAUUUAAGAUCCUAGGCAAUCUGACGACUCUAUCUAUAGAUGGGCACCUGAUGACGUCACUGUCCAAGGAUAUUUUUGGCGGCAGCCUAGCUGUUGGCAAGCUGGAGAAGCUACAUCUCGUCAACGGCUUGUUAAACGACAUACCAGUAGAAGCCUUUCAAAAUUUAAAGAAGCUUAAAACGCUUGAUCUUCACGGUAAUAAAUUGGUGACGCUGAAGAGGAAUCAGUUCAAAGGACUCAGAGACACCGAGGUGUUGGAUUUGAGUUACAACAAUCUGACAAAGCUAGACGGAAGUCACAUAGGAGACCUCACUAAGCUGGGUUGGUGUAACGCCAGCCAUAACAAUCUACCGGACAUACCGAGGGGUAUGUUCGCGAGGAACACUGUCAUAAAGGUUGUUCAUUUGGACAACAAUAAGAUCAAAAAGCUAGACGUGAACAGCUUCAGGGGAAUGAGGUUUUUAAGACGACUCUACCUUCAAGACAAUCAGAUAUCUGACGUUGGUCGGGGAACCUUCUCAUCGGUGACUCGUAUAGGUACAGUGGACCUGGCAAGAAACCUCAUCACCAAAGUGGAUUAUCAAAUGUUCCAAUCUGUAAAAUACGCUGAGCUCAUAAAUUUAUCAGAGAACAGGAUAACUUCAAUAGACAAACAGGCGUUCACUGAUCUGUACCUGGCUGUAGUGAACGUGUCGCACAACGAGAUAUCGAGCAUCGAACCCGGGGCCUUCGAGAACUGUAACAAUAUGACGCUGCUGGACCUGAGCUACAACAGGCUGAGGGAGAUCAACAGAAACGCUUUCGACGAGAACACGUAUGCUAACGAGCUGAAAGUUACUUACAAUGAGUUCACUGAUCUGGGACAGAUCCCAAUACACAAUAUGACGGGUAUAAGGAUAUUGAACGCCUCCCACAACCUCAUAACGACGAUACCCAAGAUGGCGUUCCCGAAGCUGUACGAACUACACACAGUUGACAUAUCAUACAACAAUCUGUCUGAUAUAUUUAAUAGUGUUUUUCAGAAUUUGUUCUCGUUGAGAUAUCUCAACCUAAGUCACAAUUCCUUGGAGCGAAUCAAACCUGCAAUGUUUGGUACAAUACCUACAGUCUUGGAGUUGGAUCUGUCGCACAAUAAACUAACUGAUGUGUCCAGAGGCAGUCUAGCUAAACUAGCAAGCUGUAGGCUCAUUGACGUCAGCUUCAACAGUUUGGAGAAGAUAUUCCAGAUACCCAUCAGUUUGGGGGAGUUGAACCUGUCACACAACAAUAUAAGUACAAUCAAAGCCAACACGUGGCCGACAAUGAACGCGCUGUUGUCGCUCAACCUGUCGCACAACCAGUUGGCCGAUAUGUCCAGCGAUUCAUUCAGCGGUCUCUUAACGCUGCAAACGCUUGAUCUGUCUAGUAACGCACUGGACGCGCCGCCGUGGGAAGCGCUGAAUACGCUGACUAGUUUACAGUAUUUGUAUUUGCAGUAUAACAACCUGACGUCAUUAUCUAAAUCUGCUUUCGGUAAUCUGCCAACGACAUUCAAACUGGAUCUGUCGUACAACCAGUUGGCCGACAUAUCCGAGAAGGCGUUCAGCGGUAUGGCGCAGUUGUUGGAUCUGUCUCUGAAGGGGAACAGACUAAGAAGAAUACCCAACGGCGCAUUCACCGGCUUGGUGGCUAUGAGGAAAUUAGAUCUUUCAUACAACGAACUGGACAAAAUUGAUAACAAAACUAACGGAUUGCUCGAUGACUGUCUGUCUCUAGAAAUGGUAAAUUUGAGUUACAAUAAAAUCGGUUUCCUUACAAAGAAAAUGUUCCCAUCAAAUCCGUGGAUACCAUACAGGCUGAUGGAAGUUGAUCUGAGUCACAACGAGAUACCGGUGGUGACGUUUGAUAUAACACACGGCGGGAAGAAGAUUAAGAGACUGAAUCUAUCAUGGAACUAUAUAAACGACAUAAGAAAUAAUGUCCUCGGCAAUCUCACCUCCCUGGAGAUGUUGGAUCUAUCACACAAUCAAUUGAAAGAUCUAGUAUCAAGGACAUCGGAUUCAAAAUUCAAUUUACCGGAGAAUAUAACGGAGUUAUACAUAAACGACAAUGUUCUGGAAGUGCUGCCGGUCAAUGAACUCCUUAAAUCUAAAUUAUUGAACAAGUUAGAUGUGAGACACAAUCUCUUGACAAGUUUUUAUCCGGAGCUUGUAAAAAUGAUACGAGAAAAUGGCCUCCAUGUUUAUUUUGAAGAUAAUAAAUUGAAGUGUGACUGCUUCACUCGCCCUCUGAAGCAUUAUUUGAAGAAACAAACAGUAACUAAAAUUGACACAGACAAUAUGUACAAAAAUAUAACCUGUUUUGAACCGCCAUCUUUAGAAAAUGAGAAUUUUUUGACAUUGGAUGAAGACAGAUUAUUGUGUGCUGGCAACGUUGAAAUAAAUGACAAGAUGAGAGAAUACGGCAACACUGAAUACGACUUCACAUCCGAACCUGAUGUCCUGUUCCGAGAUAUACAAUAUUCCCAGCAGUCGAUGUACACUCACUGGUACGUGGCGACGACAGACGACGUCGCCGACUUUUAUAUAUACGUGCGGGACACCAACAACACUGUGUACUACAGCAAGGACAUCUCAUACAACCUGCGCGCGCUCACAAUCAACAUCGAGGACAAAUUCAAAACGGCUCUCAAAGAUGGCGGCCGAUUUGACGUCUGCAUUCAAGCGAAGACGUCAAACGGCUUCGCGCGCAAGUGGUUUGACAGCCAGUGUCAGAGCGUGCCGCCGAACUUUGACAGCUGGCCGAGGAAGCUGUCAGUGGACAAAAGGAGGUUGUCGAAGAAGAAGGUCACGUACAGCUGGUUCUCUAACAGCGUUUUGGGUCUGGUGAGCGAUUCGAUACUUAUAACGUUGUGUAUUUUCCUCGGCGUCUGUUUCCGGCGGCUCGCGGAUCUAGAUAUCUGAAUGCGGGUUCGAGAAAACAGAGGAGAAUUUGGUUUGACAGAGAGCUUUAAAGAUUACUAUCUUUCUAUAUACAUAGUAAUCGUUUACAAAAGAACACCCUGUAAAUAAAUAGAUUGAAGGUGAUAUGAAAAGUGUUUAAGAUUGCUCAAAAAAAAUACUAUAUCCGUCCAAAUAAAUACUCAUAUAUUUUUUUAUUUAUUUUAAGAAUUUAAUUAAUAUGAAUAUUUAAUUUUUUUAUUAUGUAUUAUAUUUUUCCUAUUUUUGUACACUGCCAGCAUUUGUUUAAGAUGAAAACGAAUCCGUCCUUUAAAAUCGCCGCCUCUUUUAUAAAUUUAGCUUUAAGAUAUUAAUCACAAUUUAAUUAAAAAUAUGUUUUAAAUAUUUAUAAUCUGUAUAUACAUUUUUAUGAAUGUUACCAUAAAUAAAACCACAGAUAAAAUUAUAUUUUAUUAUAUAUAUUAAA